AUGGCAGUGUGUGUGUGUUUAACGGAAUGAGGGCAUUACUUGAGAAAAUAUAGAAAUAUUAUUCGCUGUAGAAAGAACAUUCUUGUUGUAUUUUGGCUGACGUCCGCACAGUGUCGGAGUACAUCAGUCUGUCACUGUCAGUUACAUAAACAAUGUCAAAUGUCCCGGUAACCGUCGACCUGAACCGAGCUGACCCAGUCAGUGGAAAUAACAAAAAGAGCAGUUCCUCAGUUAUUUUUGGCGGUAACGUACAUGUCAGUUCUUGUGUUGUUGUGCUUCAGACGGUUGUGGCAGUAACACAGCUACAUACACUCUGCUCUAUUUCUGAGAUGCAAGAGAGUGAGGAUGAAGCCAUCUUGAGGUCCAGGAGUGUAUGAACAGCUGAUUUUCAAACAUGCUGUCAAGACUUGUUGCUGCUGCCUGCCACUCUCUAAAGUGGGCUUUGCCUCACUGGAAAGCCACUUUUCAUAGAACAUAUUUCCCAUCAGAGCCAGGGCAAUGGCUACUGGGAUCUGUGGUUCACAGAAGGGCUCACAGAUGGACUGCAGCCCAAUCAUCAAGGAUAAACCAGAAGCCAGUGUUUGUCAGAGCUCCAGCAUUUGGAGAUAAGCCUGCUAUCAUAGACAGCAGUGGCAGCCACAGCUACAAGCAGCUGUAUUGCAGCAGCUUAGGUCUUGCAGGUAGAAUCAGUACCGCUCUCAACUUGGACUUCGGGGGUCUGGAAGGAAAACGAAUCUCCUUCCUGUGUGCUAAUGAUGCUUCCUAUACGGUGGCACAGUGGGCAGCUUGGAUGAGCGGUGGGACGGCAGUGCCACUCUUCCGAAAACACCCACAAUCGGAAUUAGAGUACAUAAUCUCUGACUCCCAGAGUUCACUGCUUGUGGCGGGGCAUCCCUAUGCCGGGACACUCGAGCCACUGGCACUGAAGCUGGGCCUGCCCUGCCUGACACUGCCUCCUACAUCUAACCUGGGCACUUUAGAUGGGACAGACACCCAAGAGAAGGAGGCAGCCAUCACAGACUGGGCCGAUCGACCAGCUAUGAUCAUCUACACGAGUGGCACCACAGGGAGACCCAAGGGAGUUCUACAUAUGCACAGCAACAUCCAAGCCAUGGUCCAGGGUCUGGUUUCAGAGUGGGCGUGGACCAGAGAUGAUGUCAUCCUCCACACCUUGCCGCUACACCACGUGCAUGGCAUCGUUAACAAGCUGCUGUGCCCACUCUGGGUGGGCGCCACCUGCGUCAUGCUGCCUGAGUUCCAGCCUCAGAAGGUGUGGGAGAUGCUGUUGAGCUCCAAGGCUCCCAUGGUUAAUGUGUUCAUGGCUGUGCCAACUAUCUACUCUAAGCUGAUCCAGUACUAUGAUCAGCACUUCACACAGCCUCAUGUCAAGGACUUUGUCAGAGCGGUCUGCAAAGAAAGGAUCAGGUUAAUGGUUUCGGGCUCGGCUGCUCUCCCUCUUCCCACUCUGCAGCGCUGGGAGGAGAUUACAGGACACACACUGCUGGAACGCUACGGCAUGACCGAGAUCGGCAUGGCACUGUCCAACCCUCUCAAGGGCCCACGCAUCCCAGGGGCUGUGGGGUCACCACUUCCCCGUGUGGAAGUUCGGAUUGUCAUGAAUAACACAACCAACACCACAAUUGUGCUGGGCGAUCACAGAAACACUCGGGUAUGUCCAGGUCUGGAGGGGAAAGAGGGCGAGCUCCUGGUUCGAGGUCCGUCUGUCUUUAAGGAGUACUGGAACAAACCUCAGGAGACCAGAGAGUCUUUCAUUGAUGGUGGCUGGUUCAAAACAGGAGACACUGUGGUCUAUAAAGAUGGUGUGUAUUGGAUCAUGGGUCGCAGCAGUGUCGACAUCAUCAAGAGUGCCGGCUAUAAGAUCAGUGCACUCGAGGUGGAGCGUCACCUACUGGCUCAUCCAGACAUCAUAGAUGUGGCUGUCAUCGGGGCACCAGAUGCCAUUUGGGGUCAGAAAGUGACCGCAGUGGUGCAGCUAAGGAAGGGGCAGAGUAUGACCCUGCCAGAUUUGAAGACCUGGGCAAGGGAACACAUGGCGCCCUACACCAUCCCCACAGGCCUGUUGCUGGUGGAGGAGAUGCCGAGGAAUCAGAUGGGCAAGGUCAACAAGAAGGACCUCCUGCGACACUUCUUCCAAUGACUGGACCACUUCGAUAUGUAUAACAAUACACAGGUUCCUGGUCCCUCCCUGGCUGUUCCCAUCUGGUCCUUAGAUCCGACAAACAUCACAGACAAGUGUGCAGAGGGAAUACGAACUAAUGGAAAAUGACUUAACCUCUGAGGUAACUUAAUCACAACGACAGACAUUGCUGCAAAGGUAAUUCUGUUACAAUGAUGCUAAUUAUUAUUGCAUUCUUUAUCAGUUAUGUGUAAGAGGUUUGGAAAUCAUCACUUUGAUAUAUCAUUUUUUGAGGCAGUAUGAAACAGAUCCAUUAAGAGGACAAAAUGUGAAACUUCAUAUACCAAGAAAGAGUCAAAAUUAUCUGCAGUGACAUGAAAAUGGUGGUUUAAAUUCAAACUGACUAACAUGAAUGCGACAGAUGAACGAUAUGUAAGAAAUUUUCAAGUAGUGUUAAAUGAUAUGCGACCUAAUAUGACCCACUUUUAUAGGGUUUGCAAUUUUAUCAGUGUACCAAUUCCAUACUGCAGUACUGUAUGAAUUAUAACCAGAUUUAGACUAUGUAGUAUGUUGACACUGGAAACAUGACAAAAGUGAUUUUUGAAUGAUUUGUGUAUAUUUAUGUCUUAAUGGACACCACUGACCCUCAAUGUAAUGUACAAAGGAAAUGAAGCAGCUUCCCCCAGCUCCAAACAAAUUUAAAUAAAUUGUGAAUGAAUAAUUGUAACUAACUGCAAAACAGUGGA